AUGUUGCAUGUCAGAAGAGCACCCACACAAGUCGCGCUAUCGAGUACUGCGCUAAGCGGAAAUGAAGCCCAAAGAGAAUCGCACGAUUCUCUCAUUGUUGCAAGCCACAAGUAUUCCAAUCCACGCAUUUCCAGUCGUUUGAAAAAACCCCUUCGUAUCAUUUGCUUAUCUCCCUCCCCUUUCGAUUGCACCCGCCAGCUCCUUGAGGGCGCUUCGAAAAGAAUGAGUACCCCAUAUAGAGACCAACUGUACCGUGCUGAAACGUAGAUUUUACACUCGAGUCUCGCGGCGUUUGGAGUCUUCGCCAGUUCUUGUGUCCAACCAGCUCGGUAUCUCGCCCAGCAGCUGUCAGCAGGUGCGAGAACAUGAUGUCAACCACUACCUCUAGAACGGAAACGCAAAACAUGGGCAGGGCACAACUGGACUCCCACCACGUUCAGGGAGCGAGUUGGAAAGCACAAUGGAAACCUGGCUUCUGAGAUGUAGUCGAGGAAAACGAGGAAACUAUACGGACGCUCACAGAAUGUUGGUUCGGAAAUGGGGCCUCUUUUACGCCCUAACGCCCUAACGGUGGUGGUGGAAUGCAAGCAAGUGGCGAUCGAAUACUUGGUUUUACAAUCAAGUGCGAAUGCACACAGAUGCUGGGUUUGAGAUGCGUAUCUUUUAGAGCUGCGAGUAAAAACAAUUGUGAAAGUAAAGUUUGAUUACUUCUUGA